UUAGAGGAUAUAUAAUUCACACAACAUUUCACAAGUGAAAAAUCUUUAUCAUUAUUUAUGCUGCAAAGCAUCAUUUAAGGCAGAAAUUUAAAUAUAAAUAGGUUUUUUUAAAUGUUAAUUUGUUACAAGUGAAUAAUAAUGACCCAAGUUAGUGAGGAAAUCGUGGUAAAAGAAACGAAACUCUAUAGUGAGGCUGUUAAACUCACCGGCUAUGGAAAGUAUAAUCUAUUCAUCCUCCUUGCCACCGGAGGGUGUCUCAUGUGUGUUAUCAUCGAGAGUAUGUCGAUGUCCUUUAUAAUACCGGCGGCCCAUUGCGAUCUUGGCCUCAACAUCACCGAAAAGGGCGUCCUGGUGUCCAUUAACUUCUUGGGCAUCAUUUUGACGUCACACUUUUGGGGCACCAUGGCAGACGUCAGGGGCAGAAAGAACAUUUUGGUGCUCUGUCUUAUUGUCGGUUCGAUUAUCAGUUUGGCUGCCAGCUUAGCACCGUGGACCUGGCUUUUUAUAUUGCUCCGGUUAUUAAAUGGGAUGUUUAUUGGGGCAGCCUCAUCCAUAAUCUACGCUUUCGCCGGUGAAUUCCACGACGACCGAUACCGUCCCAUGGUGAUAUCGUGGAUAAGUUCCUUCGUUGCUGCCGGACAAUCGUACAUCCCAGGUUUAGCUUGGGCCAUUCUGCCAUACGAUUGGCAUUACAAUUUGGAAGCUUUAGGGAUCGAAUUCCGACCAUGGAGGCUGCUGCUGAUCGUUUAUGCCCUUCCGAGUUUAAUUGUGGCCGCCCUCUUGUCAUUUUUACCAGAAAGUCCGAAAUUCUUAUUGGCCCAAGGGAAGCACGAUCACACAUUAAAAAUUCUACGCCAAAUGUUCGUUAUUAAUACCGGCAAGAAAUCGCACGAGUUUCCAGUGAGUACCGUCAUCUUGGACGAGGUUAUUAUCGAAAGGAGUGUAAACGAAGAGAAACCCGGCAUGCUCAAGUCCUUAUGGACCCAAACGGUUUUCUUGUUUAAUAAAGAGUUUGCUGUCAAAACGGUUUUGUGUUCUUAUUUGCAAUUCGGAGUGUUCUUAUCAACCUCCGCGUUGUCGCUGUGGUUCCCACAAAUAUUAAACGCCUUAAAUAAGUACGCGCAAGAAGUCACCAACUCCGGAGUUACCCUUUGCGGCGCCAUGGAGGCCGAACAAACUGUCACCAAUCAAAUGCAAAAAACCAUUUUUAUAGAUACACAGUUCUUAUGGAAGGAAGAUAGUGACAAUUCUACGAUCAUACAGGAAGUCAUUUGCGACGAUUCAGUCGAUACGGGGGUCUAUUUGGUGGUUCUAGUGGUAGCCUGCGCCAUUGGAAUAGCAUAUUUGAUCAUCGGAGCUUUAAUUAGCAGGGUGGGCAAGAAAACCCUCUUGAUAAGUGCAUCGACGUUUACGGCGGCAUGCGGCCUGGGAGCCCAAUACUGCUCAGGCCUAGAAAUAAUCCUGAUCCUUUGCGGCAUUUACCUUUUGAUCGCUUCGAUGGUGGGGGUGGUAAACGCCCUCGUGGUCGACUUAUAUCCGACGCACAUAAGGGCGAUGGCCUUGGCGGUUUCUUUGAUGUUCGGACGUGUGGGCGCGAUGGUCGGCUCCAAUUUAAUGGGAGUUUUAUUUUACAGUUACUGCGACUACGUUUUUAUUUUUGUCGCCUGUAACCAUUUACUGCUUGUGGUGGCCGCGAUAUUACUACCUACGACGAGCAUAAAAAAGCCAGUAGAGGCCCAAGAAACUAUUAAAUAAUUAUAAAUUCUUAUCAAUAAAAUUUUAAAACUA